CCGCACGAGAGCGCAGCGAGGACGAGCCGGACCCGGACGGUCCUCGGUUCUCCUCUUUGGUUCUCGGCGGUGGAAGCGCGGCUUGUUGUCCGCCGUGCGUACUACUUCCACGUCUCUCACCGUGUGUGUGAGUGUGUGUUUGACAGGGGCGUAGCUCCCCCGCCGAGGGGUAGAGAACCACCCAUUCCCGCCUACUCCAACAUGGCCGCCAUCCCGCCACAACUAUUACGGAGUGUGAGCGGCACCGGGGGCGAGGGUGAAGUGUCCUGCCCAAGGACACAACGGCAGCGAUUUGGAUGUCAAGAGGCGGGGAGCGAACCUGCAACCCUCAGGUUUCUGGCACGGCUGCUCUACCCACUACGCCAUACCGCCGCAAUAAGGCCUCGUAUGAAGGAAGGAAUUCAUCGAAAUGUUGGGGUGGAUAGUCGCCAUUGUUAUGUCAAGAACGCUCGGCGUGAAUCCCUCGAUUGUAUGGAGGCCACUCAAGUCUUUAACAAAGUGUCACACAGCAAAGAAGAAAGCUGGAGGUGGGAUCGGUGUAUUAGCGGCUGGCUGCAGCAACACAACCAGGAGGACUUUGAGUUGGAUAGCAGACGCGCAACCACCACGGCGAGGCCGAGCAGCAGCACGCCACAGCAGACCACGGCGAGGCCGAGCAGCAGCACGCCACAGCAGACCACGGCGGGGCCGAGCAGCAGCACGCCACAGCAGACCACGGCGAGGCCGAGCAGCAGCACGCCACAGCAGACCACGGCGGGGCCGAGCAGCAGCACGCCACAGCAGACCACGGCGAGGCCGAGCAGCAGCACGCCACAGCAGACCACAGCGGGGCCGAGCAGCAGCACGCCACAAACGAACGCGAAACAUCUGGAAAGGAAGAGGCUCAUGCCGCCGUCGCCCGGCUACACAGCAGUGAGGCCCGCACCAACCAAGCAGGGAGAGGCCCGGCUACCGGCCAGCAGCGGCGGCACCACCACCUCACUGCGGCGGGACCAGCAGCUUUCUCGCGGCGGCAAGUGACGGCAGCAGGGCGGCGAGGGAGAGGCCAGGCUGGCGGCUA